AUGCUCGAUAUGUGUAUCCGUCGGAGUGGUCAAGGCAUCUCUUUCGUUUCAGCUCAUAGCGAGGAGGAGGAAGGAUGUCAUCAAGAGGAAGGACCUUCGCUGAGGAAAGGCGAUCCCAAUGCUGUUGGACAAGAGGAAGACCUUAUGCCCCUCCUUUGGUGGGCAGGCGUUGGCUGGCCACUGAAAGUGGUACAGUAUCUAGGUAGCGAUCGACCACUGGAAGCAUACAAGUUUUAUUCGAUCAGUCAUAACGAUGAAAAGGCGAUCAAGAUCCGGCGCACACCGAACCUGGAGAAUGUUCUUUACGAGUGGCUGGGAUGGAAAACAAAUGUGUUGGGCGAGUCACCGCUGACCGCUGCCAUCCUCAGCAACAAGAUUGAAAUGAUGAAGACGAUGUUUGAUUUGAAGUCCAAGCGUUUGGUAAAGUCUGUCGUUCAGGACAAAAUCAAGUUUACUGGAUUCAAUUUGUUGAUGCUCGCUCUGGAAACGCGCUGUGGGGCAGAUGCACUGAUCAAAUCCGGGCGUGGAACAUAUUCCAUAUUAUGGCUUGAGCAUCUCCUGAAGAAGCUGCCUCGCAACAUUGUUGAGAUGCUCUUGUGUCAGACGUCGAAGAAACGCGGAGACACGCCGCUCCAUAUAGCGAUUAAGGGAGGAUGCAAGAGAAUCAUUAAGCUUUUCGUCGACUAUACAGCAGCUAACAUUCUCCACCGUGACAUUGACGGCAUCAACCCACUCCACACCGUAGUGAAGGCUGGUUUUCCAGGAAUUGCAAAACUAAUCAUCGAGGCGUCUCCUGACGAGGCCCUUUACACUGAAAACGGCGUUGGAGAGACUCCUCUUGAAAUCGCUUCAUUGGAAUACCUCGCCUGGAAGAUGACAUAUAAUGGGAAUCAAUGUUCAGUCGCUAGUCCCGAACUAGGCGACAAUGUAGACAUGGUCCUGCGUCGCGUACCUGCCACACUUGCCGAGGACCUGCUUAAAUUACGCUCGACGAUGGCGGACCUUGUGCUAACAGGGAAGCUAACGCCCGGCACGUUAUUGGCUGAUGAACUCGACAAAUUUGCCUCUCUCUUGGAGACGAAGCUGAUGGAAGUUUCCAAGACUGCAAAAAAGACGGAAGACGACAUUAACCAAGUCGAAGGCAUUGAUAGAUAUGCGACCUUUGAAAAGGUCAUAGCGGCUGUGAUAAAGCGGCCUGGAAAGCGCAAGCUCGUGCAUCUCCUUGACGUUCAGAGGUCUGUGCAAAGUAGCCUUGCUAAAUCCAGGAAACUGGAUGAGGUUUCGCAAUCGCUUCGUGGUGUAGACGAAUUGGAACCUGAGGUAGAUACAGCGCGAAACGAGCGGAAGAACAGCCUGGUCAUGAGAGUGUUGGGAUGGAAUGUGGAGCAGCGGGACUGGGAAGAUUAA